CACAAGUUUUUAUUAAAUGUUUAUAUGUAUUGCUGAAAAAAAUUUAAUCACUUACCAAAUUUUGCACCAUAUUUUCAAAACGGUUUGCUGGUGGUAUUGCCGCUGGUCUUACAGGUGCUGGGCUAGGGCGCGAUUCACUUGUUUCAUUGUCUGUGUCUGUAUAAUUUUCCAUGAUACGUAGUUCGUUUUGCGCUUCGGCGUACGUUGCAAUAUUACUUCGUUUUACCACGCAAUCCAAAAUGUCCCAAUUUGGAUUUGGAAAAGAGUUUUCGUCUCUUGCGAGUCGUGCUCGGUUUUUAAGUUUUUCUGUAGGCCAGAAUAGUUUUCCAUCGUCCUCCCAAAUAUACGGUAUAAUACUUAAUGUGGGUCGUCCUUUUUCCACAGUCUGUACAAUGUUAAACGGCAUUGUCUGAAAGAGAAUAAUUGGAUUAAUACCUACUAGUACAUUCAUUAUCAUUAAAAAAAUAAUAGUAUCUGUUUUUAAUAAUUAAAAUUAAAUAUGAGACACACAUCAACAUAUUCACAACAAAGCAUCACCCUUAAGCCAAAAUACCAACAUGUACGAAUUUGAAGAAGCGAUUACUCAUCCCGAUUCAGCAUUCUAUUGCUGGUUUUUAUGGAUGGAAUUAUUUACAAUAAAGUCAAGAUAACCAGCAAUGUAUUCCGAAUUGGUACGUGUUAUCGCUGCUUUAUUCAAAAUUCGCUUUGAUCGUUUGGAAAAAAAUCCAGAGACGAUAUUGCGUGAUAUUAAACCUCCAUAUGAAUACAAAUUACCUAGCAAGUAUUUAUUAUAUAGAUUCACAUUUUCAUAGGCUAACAUAAAACUGACCUAAAACCACAAUGAAAUCAGUCAUAUAAAUGAAUUUAUACUAAUAAACAAAUAAUACGUAGUCAAAUGUCGUGGUAGACGUCGAGCUUUUUUAAAAACUAAACUUAUCCUAUACGUCUGAUCGACGGAGCUCUACAAUAGAAUCUGACUUAAUGCUAUGCUUAAUUAAAAAGGUAGCCUCGUAUUGCGUAGGCGGUUCGUUCCCAGAAUGUCAACCGUUACUGAGUUGCACAUCCUGUUUUUGUUAUUGUUCUAAAUUCUUAAGACAUGACAAAGUGCUGACAACAGUCUACGCAUUAAGAGGAGACGACAAUGUUGGGUCCUCUACCUUGUAUGGGGCACAUAACUCCUCCCCCGUUUAAGCCAUCGGAGGGUUGAUUACCCGACUGAGGGCUGCGAUACCGUAAGUAUACAAUUUUAAUUUUAUAAAGUAUAUAAAUGAAAAAGAUUAUAACUAUGGUUACAUAAAUGAUUAUAGUUCCUACACUUAUACAAUGUGUGUUUAUAGCACUUUCACGAAUGUUCCCAGUUUCAUCAUAUUUACUGGAAAACUUGCAAUUCAUUCUGUUCCAAAAAAUGAACCGUAAGUCCCAAAUAACCAGUGUUAGUCAUUAUCUCUGUCCAAAUAUCUGUAGUUAAACAAAAAUGUUCCACAUUCUUAAAUUUCUCGGCCACAGUUUUUGAUAAUGUCUCAUACUUUUUAUCAAUCUUUGCUUUGAUCGUUUCCCGACAAGGCACUCUAUACAAGGGAGCUAAUUGCUUAAUCAAAUGUUUAAAACCUUUUCCUUCAACUGCAUAAAAUGGUCUGUUAUCAACAGCAAUGAAAUAUGCAAUAGCAUCUGUAAUUCGGUCAUAUUUUGCACCUCCUUUAGAAUAUUGAUACACAUUUUCAAAAGCAUUUUUUAUUUUCGGAGUGUUUCCAGACGUACUUGGAGGAGUAGGGGACUUAAUAACUGGAGCAACAACCACAGCAGACGAACAAGAAGCUUCAGCAGAAUUAGCAGGUGUUUCAGGGGGUGUAGCACUUUCAUUAAAAUAAACGUUAAAUAUUGUAAUAUUUCCAUAAAAUCUUAUCUAAAUCAUAGAAUUCGUAUUUAUUAACUGAGGAACUUUUGACUUACCGUUGUGACUUAUCCAUAGAUUUAUCAACAUCAAAAUUUUCUGGAUGUUUGUGUUUCAUAUGUGAUGCUAGAUUGCUUGUAUUUCCAGAUGUUUUAAUUCGUUUAUUACAAAGUGUGCAAACGGCAUCACUGUCUUCUUUUUUUGAAAUACGACCACAGUUUACUUCUCUUCAUAUUAACGGUAAAUCAACAAAGUCAACAAACAAGUACAACAACCAACCGCCGUUACGACCAGAGACAACUUUUUUUGUUAUUUUCGUCCACUCUGAAGAAGAGGCAAAGGCACAUAACCCAUACAGCCUAAGUGCGUGUUCACACCAAACGUAUAGUCAGCCGCCGAUUGUGCGCAGGCUCACUAUAAGCCUCAGUGUGAACGUAAAAAUAAAUGGUAUUUUUUGUUCACAUUAAGCUUACAAUACGCUGUAGCUGACAAUACGCCAUUGGUGUGAACAAAACAGUCGGCUUGUAUACGUUCACACCAAAUGCGUACGCUGAGCGGCCGACUAUUUUUCAUAUAAAAGAGCUGAGUGGCUUGAGUUUCGCGCAGUAUAUCUCAGUUCACAUUUCAAAACUGGUGACUCGAGUGUUAACUAAAUAAUGUUCGUUAAUAUAUUGGCUAUUCACGAAGCUCUUGAGGAAGAUGAAGAAAGUAGUAAGAGAAAAAAUUGGGUACAUCCUCUAAAUUUAAAGAGAUAUCAUCUUGGUCAGUUUCAUCGUUUAUAUUUGGAAUACAGAUGUUACCCUGAUAAAUUCAAGAAAUAUUUUCGCAUGUCUCUAAAAUCUUUUGAUGAAUUAUUGUCAUUAAUACGUACCAAAAUAUAUAAAAAGGAUACUAACUAUAGACGUGCUAUUGAGCCAGAAGAAAGAUUAAUGAUUACUUUGAGGUUUUUAGCUACAGGAGCAACCUAUGGUACCUUAAGCGAAGACUUUUUAACGGGGAAAUCUACAAUAUCUGCAAUUGUUUGUGAAACCUGCUCGGUUUUGUGGGAAAUAUUAAUGCCUUUGGAAUUACCCCAGCCCACAGAAGAAAUGUGGAUAAACAUAUCUAACACGUUUUACAAAAAAACUGAUUAUCCGAAUUGUCUAGGCGCUAUAGACGGCAAACAUGUUCGAAUAAGGAAACCAGCUCACAGUGGUUCAAACUUUUACAACUAUAAAAAAUUCUUUUCAAUCGUCCUUUUUGCUUUAGCUGAUGCAAACUGUUUAUUUACUGCUGUUGAUAUUGGAUCAUGUGGAAGAGAAGCAGACAGUAACAUUUUUAAAAACAGUAACUUAGGCAAAAUGAUAGCUCUUGGACAACUAAAUAUACCAAAAUCUGCCAAACUACCUAAUUCCAGUGGACCUGAACAACCAUAUGUGUUUAUAGGGGACGAAGCGUUUAGUUUAAAAUCAAAUUUAAUGAGACCUUUCCCAAAUCGCAACUUGACUUUAGAACAGCGCACAUAUAAUUUUCGUCAUUGUCGAGCAAGGAGAUGUGUUGAAUGUGCAUUUGGUAUUUUGUCUAAUAAGUGGAGAGUAUUACAUUCAAGUAUAAAUACUGAUGUCAAAAAUGUUAUUAAAAUAAUACAAGCCACUUGCGUGCUUCACAAUUUUGUUCGUAGAAGAGAAGGCAUCAAUUUCAAAGAUCAAUUAAGGACUUGUAGUCUUCGAGAUGUACGAACAUCGCGAUUUGUUAUGUCCACAUCAGGUCAGAGGGUGAGGGACUUCUAUAAAGAAUAUUUUGUAAAUGAGGGUAAAUUGGACUGGCAAAAUAGAUAUAUCUAAAAGUGAAUAUUUUUUAUGUAUGCAUGGUCACCCUACUCAAUUUUCUCUCAUAAAAAUAUAAUAUGACAUAGAAAGAAAUGCCGCUGAAACCUCUCAUCUGCUAGUAUUAAAUUUAGAAGAGCUAUCUCGCCCAAGAUAAGUGUAUCCCUGGCGUCCUCAGAGGACGCGUCCCCACGCACAUCCCAUAUGAGAACACAUGCCGUCUCCUCUCCGACCAUAUCGUAUAGCUCAUAUGGAGAAGUGAUUCUUACUCGGUUGUGCUCAAUUCUGAGGUCGCUAUGGAGAGAUAACUCUCGAGGAUCUAUUGAAAUUACUCGUUUCACGCUUGGAUACAUUCUAAGAGCCGACAACCACCCGUCCCCGGGCGCCGAUCCAACAUAAACGAUGGUGCUACCAGAGAUAGCCAUAGAAUGCAUUAUUAUCGCAAGCUUACGUUGCCCUAACUCAUCGAUUGUAGAUAUGUGGCGAAAGACCUCCCCGGAGUGAUCGUUCAGGCGCAUCUUCGGGUACGUUCCUUCCCAAACACCCGAAUCAUUCAUUCCUCUCCCAAGUAGUGCGAGUCCAUUAAUUUCGCUGGAGUUGCGCACGAUAUUCGAGUUAAAUAGUGAUUCAUAUUCGGCUCCGCACCAUCGAUAAUGCUUUCGUUCAGAUAACUUAUUCCGAAUUCGGUCACAUAGAUUGAUACGUUCGUCGAGUGAAUUCAAUCUUUGCAAUGCAUAAUCAUACAUACCAGGUCCAUCUGUGAAUGGAUUCUCGCUACGUAUAUCAAGCAGCAUUCCGGAAAGUACCAAUCUACUCUCCGCAUCUGAAUCUGUAGAGACUACUAUAAAUAUAGAAUCUUUCAGGCCGCAUCCAAACCAUAGCCGCUCCAAUGUGUUCGAGUCCUUCAGCCUACUACUGAAGGUUGUUUUAUUUUCUAUCAAGUAUCCAAAUUCGCGGUACUGGUCUGGGCUCAUUAAAAUUCCGCAAUAAUUUCGCAUCUUUCUUCCAUUUAAUAACAGCCUCCGUGGUCUAGUGGUUAGAGCGUUAGGCUCACGAUCUGGAGGUCCGGGUUCGAUUCCCGAUGGGGACAUUGUCGAAAUCACUUUGUGAGACUGUCCUUUGUUUGGUAAGGACUUUUCAGGCUUGAAUCACCUGAUUGUCCGAAAAAGUAAGAUGAUUCCGUGCUUCGGAGGGCACGUUAAGCCGUUGGUCCCGGCUAUUAGCCGUAAAAACACCUCCACCAACCCGCAGUGGAGCAGCGUGGUGGAGUAUGCUCCAUACCCCCUCCGGUUGAUUGAGGGGAGGCCUGUGCCCAGCAGUGGGACGUAUAUAGGCAGUUUAUGUAAAAAUAUAAUAUACUCAAUAAUUGCCAAAAUACACAAAUUUUAAUUUUGUAGAUUCUCCUUCGAAAAGCAAUCAAAUGAUUCAUACUGACCUUUGAUUGAUACAAUGUAACAAAUGAAUCCGUCGCUUUUUAGUAGUCAUUCAGAUUUGGUCGGAUAACCAGCCGUUGUUUACAUAUUUUGGUUUUUUGUUUAUAUUUACUUAAUGCGUAACAUUUGAAGCUCAAUAUUUUCACCAUAUAUUUUUGACUAAAGGCACAAGAUUUUGGUUUACACCUACACAUCUGGGAUUGUGCCAGUUCCUUGUAUUUUGCCGUCAAAGUUAUGACACCAUCGUUUUUACUUUUAGCAAGAUUAUUCAAAAACGCAUGCAUGAACAUUUUUGAAACUUUGUAUGGUUAUUAUUAGCGUCAAGAAAGACCGAAUACAGUUUUCAGCGAAGUUAUGCCUUGUCUCAUUUAGGCGCUGCGAUGUUUUUUCGGGUUUUCAUAAAACCGCGAUAACUUGAAAACUAUAAAUAUUUUCUAAAAUCUAAUUGGGGCACAAAGGGGCACACAUUAAGAGCUACUCGCGUAUGUUUAUUCUACAGGGGCACAUGCAAUGGUUUUAGAGAUAUACUAUUCAUCAAAACGUUACUCCAGCAGGAAAUGCAAUAUCUCGAAAAUCUGAAGGGGCACAGAUUUUAUUUUUGGGGGCACAUUUUGGCACACAUAUAUGCUAUCUGGCCAUGCACAGUUUUUCUCUCUCCGAUCAUUCGUUUAGAAUUUUCCUGCUAGAAAAACGUUACCCCAGCAAGAAUCGUUUUUUCGAUUUUUUUUCGAAACGACAGGGGGCACACAUUUUUUAUGUGGGGGCACAUUUACAGCAGAUAAGGCACCAACUAUACGUUCUACUCAUAUAACUCUAGGAGAUACUUUCUUGUUGGGGUAACGCACACUGGUGUUUUGGUUUUGAUUUAAUUUUUCGGACUCGUUUUGAAGAGGAUCUUCAUUGACUUCCUUUUAACAGCAUUUUUCAGAAUGCCCUUAAAAAACUUUUCAUUUUGUCCCAUAGUAAAUUUACAAUCCCAUGAACGUAUCAUAUCACAGAAGAAUUUGACAAAGUUUAUUUAGUCUUUUAUAGGGACCUACGAAACGUUGCCACGGCUUCCCCCAGACCAGGAGCAUUCACACAGAAGCUCCCGUGAAACCAUUGAGUCGAUCAAUUUAUAGGCAAAGGUCAAGCCAUUUCCUUCACAUGGUUGAAACAAAAAUCCCAGCUGUUGUUGUAGUUUGAUCUCUCAGUUUUAUUAAUUAAACUUCUUUCCAGAUUGUCUAAUUGUUGCUUGUCACUUAUUUGUUUAAAAAUAAACGAUUCAUUAUCAACUUGGUUAGCGUCUUUUAAUAAAGUAACAGACACUGGCUGCUCGAUUUUUUCCACAAAUUUUAACGUGCGUUCAUCUAAUUGUACAGACAACUCGGACGCUUUUUGAGUAAGUCUUUGAACGCUUUCAACAAGAUUUUGCAGUAUUAAUUCUUGGUUAUUAACUUUUUGAAUUAAAAUGUUUUGAUUUGCAAUACACUGUUCGCCGUCGAAGACGGUUAGACAUGACAUUUCAUCAUUAGUUUCGAUCUGAUUGCUUGUAGCAGAAAUAGAAUUAAUUUGUGUACCUCCCGCGUUGAAGGCACUUGGCAUCUGAAACAAACAAAAAAUCAUAACUUUUGUCUUGUACGAUAAUAAAACUUUGAAGUUGGGCUGUUAUUUUUAUUCCAAUAAUAAUUUACAUAUGGAAUUAGAUAGUCGAAUUUACAUCCGUGGUUGAUGAGUCGCCGACAUAACCACGAGCCAACGAAUCCAUUCAUUAUUUUCAGAAAAAUUUAUAGUUAAGCUUUGUAUAUUUUAGUAUGUAGGUAAAGAGUUUGAUCUAAAUCUGUUUAGUGCCAAAUUAGUCUUCUUGAAAUAAAAUUAUCUGAGAAAAUCCAAAAAAUAUAUUAAAUCAUAAAUAGGUAAAUUAAUUGCAGUGUUGCCAUAAAUAAAAACAAUUUUCUCCGUUUUAGGGGUGCCUAGGCCUAGCCUACUAGAAUAAAAUACCACAGGCACUAAAUUGUAACCCUCCGGCAGCCUGCGCUUGGUGCAAUACACAAGUUUUUAUUAAAUGUUUAUAUGUAUUGCUGAAAAAAAUUUAAUCACUUACCAAAUUUUGCACCAUAUUUUCAAAACGGUUUGCUGGUGGUAUUGCCGCUGGUCUUACAGGUGCUGGGCUAGGGCGCGAUUCACUUGUUUCAUUGUCUGUGUCUGUAUAAUUUUCCAUGAUACGUAGUUCGUUUUGCGCUUCGGCGUACGUUGCAAUAUUACUUCGUUUUACCACGCAAUCCAAAAUGUCCCAAUUUGGAUUUGGAAAAGAGUUUUCGUCUCUUGCGAGUCGUGCUCGGUUUUUAAGUUUUUCUGUAGGCCAGAAUAGUUUUCCAUCGUCCUCCCAAAUAUACGGUAUAAUACUUAAUGUGGGUCGUCCUUUUUCCACAGUCUGUACAAUGUUAAACGGCAUUGUCUGAAAGAGAAUAAUUGGAUUAAUACCUACUAGUACAUUCAUUAUCAUUAAAAAAAUAAUAGUAUCUGUUUUUAAUAAUUAAAAUUAAAUAUGAGACACACAUCAACAUAUUCACAACAAAGCAUCACCCUUAAGCCAAAAUACCAACAUGUACGAAUUUGAAGAAGCGAUUACUCAUCCCGAUUCAGCAUUCUAUUGCUGGUUUUUAUGGAUGGAAUUAUUUACAAUAAAGUCAAGAUAACCAGCAAUGUAUUCCGAAUUGGUACGUGUUAUCGCUGCUUUAUUCAAAAUUCGCUUUGAUCGUUUGGAAAAAAAUCCAGAGACGAUAUUGCGUGAUAUUAAACCUCCAUAUGAAUACAAAUUACCUAGCAAGUAUUUAUUAUAUAGAUUCACAUUUUCAUAGGCUAACAUAAAACUGACCUAAAACCACAAUGAAAUCAGUCAUAUAAAUGAAUUUAUACUAAUAAACAAAUAAUACGUAGUCAAAUGUCGUGGUAGACGUGGAGCUUUUUUAAAAACUAAACUUAUCCUAUACGUCUGAUCGACGGAGCUCUACAAUAGAAUCUGACUUAAUGCUAUGCUUAAUUAAAAAGGUAGCCUCGUAUUGCGUAGGCGGUUCGUUCCCAGAAUGUCAACCGUUACUGAGUUGCACAUCCUGUUUUUGUUAUUGUUCUAAAUUCUUAAGACAUGACAAAGUGCUGACAACAGUCUACGCAUUAAGAGGAGACGACAAUGUUGGGUCCUCUACCUUGUAUGGGGCACAUAACUCCUCCCCCGUUUAAGCCAUCGGAGGGUUGAUUACCCGACUGAGGGCUGCGAUACCGUAAGUAUACAAUUUUAAUUUUAUAAAGUAUAUAAAUGAAAAAGAUUAUAACUAUGGUUACAUAAAUGAUUAUAGUUCCUACACUUAUACAAUGUGUGUUUAUAGCACUUUCACGAAUGUUCCCAGUUUCAUCAUAUUUACUGGAAAACUUGCAAUUCA